ACUGCAGAAACUACAGCUGCUCCAACAACUACAACAACGCCAGCUCCAACAACAACUGCAGAAACUACAGCUGCUCCAACAACUACAACAACGCCAGCUCCAACAACAACUGCAAAAACUACAGUUGCUCCAACAACUACAACAACGACAGCUCCAACAACAACUGCAGGAACUACAGUUGCUCCAACAACUACAACAACCCCAGCUCCAACUACAUCAACAACGACACCCGCUCCUACAACAACACCUCGUCAAACAACUACAGCUGCUCCAACAACUACAACAACGCCAGCUCCAACAACAACUGCAGAAACUACAGCUGCUCCAACAACUACAACAACGACAGCUCCAACAACAACUGCAGGAACUACAGUUGCUCCAACAACUACAACAACAGCUCCAACACCAACAACUACAUCAACAACGACACCCGCUCCUACAACAACACCUCGUCAAACAACAACAACUGAAGCAACAACAACUGCAGAAACUACAGCUGCUCCAACAACUACAACAACGCCAGCUCCAACAACAACUGCAGAAACUACAGCUGCUCCAACAACUACAACAACGACAGCUCCAACAACAACUGCAGGAACUACAGUUGCUCCAACAACUACAACAACGACAGCUCCAACAACAACUGCAGGACCAACAGUUGCUCCAACAACUACAACAACAGCUCCAACAUCAACAACAACUUCAAAUACAGCUGUUGAUACAACAACUGCAGCAAAAACACCUGCAUUGACACCAACAAGUACAUCAACAACGACACCCGCUCCUACAACAACAACACCUCGUCAAACAACAACAACUGAAGCAACAACAACUGCAGAAACUACAGCUGCUCCAGAAAUUACAACAACGACAGCUCCAACAACAACUGCAAAAACUAUAGUUGCUCCAACAACUACAACAACAAACUACAUUUGCUCCAACAACGACAACAACGACAGCUCCAACAACAACUGCAGGAACUACAAUUGCUCCAACAACUACAACAACGACAGCUCCAACAUCAACAAGUACAACUGUUCCAACAACUACAACAAUGCCAGCUCCAACAACAACUGCAGAAACUACAGUUGCUCCAACAACUACAACAACAACAGCUCCAACAUCAACAACAACUUCAACAGUAAAAACCUUGAACCUUUGUACCGAAGGGAAUUCCCCUCUUCCUUCAAUUCCUUGGAUGUGGUGGCAUUCAGAAGUGGAUCAAUCAUCAACAACAUGAACCUUACCUUCAAAAGCACAUCUGUUCCUAAUAACACUCAGAUUGCGAGUGUCUUGAUCAGUGCAGCUUCAAUUGUCACCGGCUUUGACAUCGAAGGCAGCUCCAUCAGCGUGGAUGGCAUACCUUCAAGUGGAGUAAGCCACAAGAUCAGUCUCGUCACCGCAUCCUGCCUGGUGCUGUUGACAUGGCUACUGUCAAGCCAGCAAUAG